CUUCAGCUGGUGCUGGGUACGUCACCCUGACAGCUACAGUGGCCUGCAGACACCCAGAAGCCAGAGGAAAGAAGUAAUUUAUAGUGCCAGUACUUACUGCAAGGCAACCAGGACACCAACCACCUUGCCCACGCCUGAUGCGUGGUGAGGUGUGGCUCAUCCUCUUGGUGCUGGUGGCACAAAUAACGCUGUCACUUGCAAGGACACCAAAUGCCAGCAGCACGCGGUGAGCCAGAUGCAGAGGCGCCAGCUGUGAUGCCAAUAUGUUUCCCCAGUUUUCUGCCCACCAAGGCCACGCCAGGCUGCGGCAGAGGGGCAAGGUUCGGGCAGCCCAGGGCAGACCGCAAAGUCAGCACCUUUCAAGGAGCCUGCUCUGCCUCAGGGCUUUGCCUCACCUCCUCAAGGACCACCGCCCCCCACCCAACUAUAGGAAACCAGCCCUUCCCGGUCAUGAGGGCAUCGUCUCCACCUGCAUGCUUCCAGGUCCCCCAGCGAGGCGCAGAGACCCCACAGUGGGGAAGCGGCUCCCAGGUGGCCCCAGCAGCUGCGCCCCUUGCCUGGUGUCCCUGCGGUUUGGCUGGCUCCAUGGGGCAGAGCCACCUGCCUGUGCCGGCGCAGAGGUCCGGAGCGCAGCUGCACCCCGAUUAUUGAUGGCACAAGAUUAGCUUGUCUGAACAGGGAAAUACAUCACCGGAAAAAUAGGAAACAUUUGGAAAGUGGAUGGCGGGUGUGAGAGUGAUGAAUGAGUGCUGGAGAAGCCUGGCAAAGAUCAAUGAAUAGCUGAUGAGCUGAGGAACAAGGUGGGGGGGAGCUCACCAUGCAAAUACAGAGGGAGCAGAAUCAGUAGGGAAGCUGCUCAGUAUGGCGAGACGUCACAACGAGCCCCCAAACUGCCUCCACCUCCGCAGCGCCGGCACGGGGGAAGCUGGGCAUCGGGGCAGCUGGUUCUGGCUCUGCUCUGUGCUGCAAACCAGGGGCUGUGGGGAGCAGACCCCUGUGCUCACUGCCUGCCAGCGCCCACGGAGCGACCCCCCAUGCCCCGCUCUGUCCCCUCCAGAGUCAUACCCCAUGCUCAGAGCAGCCCCCGCCAGCACCGCAGGGACAGUCACGGGCAGGAGAGGGUCCUGCACAGGCAGACAACAGGGAAGUGAUCCCUCCUGCUCCCCUGCAGGAUACCCAACUUGGAAAGCUGAGGUAAGAGCAAAGGCUCAGAGAAGGGGAAGCACCCAGAGACCCCUCACGCACACGCGCUUUGCCAGUGACAGUAACUCACCCAGCUGGUGCCUCUGGGCUUUUACGGCAGGAGAUGCACAGACAGGCCAUUUGUGUGAAGACAUCAUUUUGGGGUCAGCUCUGUGUAUUACAGUCCAUUAGCAGCGACUGAGACAGCUGCUCACGAGCAAUAAAGAUACAUAACCACUCCACGGUACUUCGACACUCGGAAAAAUCCUCCCGGCUUGGGCAUCGCCAGGCCCAGCACCGGCAGGAGCACAGCACCCAUCCUGCUCUCCGGUGGGCAGCUCCGCAGAGCAGCCACCACCUGCACCGCAGCCAGCCCAUGCGACGCCUGCAAGGAGCCAUCCUCGCCCACCACGCGCAGGGCUCCCGCCCCAGGCUCCCUGUGGUGGCCUAGCACUAUCUAGUGGUGGCAGACACAGAGGUGGGUGGGCUCAGGGAUGGGACCCCAGUAAAAACUGAGCCUUGUGAUACUGCUGGAAUACAUAUCACAGGAGCAGCGUCGAGACCCAGACGGAGCCACGCCACCGUCGCACCCGCUUAGACGCGGCUCUUGGACCCGAUGAUCCCGAUGCGUGCGCUACAUGCCCCUUGCUCAUUGCUUCCAAAUAAUUUUUAUUUAGACGGUUCUGCCCUGCCUUCAGCUCCUUCAUCUGCCAGUUCACAAAUUAAUUAUAGUUUCUAGAGGCGUUGAACUCGCAGAGGGAGAAUAGUGAUAGCAAAUUCAUUGGUCUGCAGAUUUCUGCCCAGCGUCCUUGUCCUUAGCACCAGAUACAGGAAGAGAAAGCUCCUUCUACCUCCCUGGAGCAGCCACCCUCUGCAGCCUGACGGUAGCUAUUUGAAAGAAAACGCUAGCAACUACUUGUGGGAUGACAGGCUGAAUAGAGCAAUUUAGAACUGUCCAUCACAAAGCAGGGGUAUUUAGCCCCAUUGCCCCUUCGCUGCAGUGGGUUCCUGGUGGCUCCAGUGUGCUCAGGUGCAAGGGUCUGCCAGCCCAGAGGUCACAAACAGCAGCGUCCUUUGCAUAAGCAAACAAAAGAAAUUACUCUGAAAAAGACUACGAACACAACACUGCUGGCUUCCCGAGCCAGCUGGCUCAGCACGACACUCACUGCACCCACAACUGGCAGCCACGAAAUUAGAUUUAAAAGUGCCCUCACCUCCAGCAUAUGACAGCAAGUGAAAGGCAAAGGGGAAACAAAGCUCACCGAGCCCUUGAAGAAGCCCAGGCAGAUGUGAGCUGGUGAAUAAACGCAGGAGCAUCACCCCAAGCAUGAACCAGGCCUCCAAAAUUAUCACACUGGUCUUAAAGAGAUUUUAAAAAUAAAUGAGGGAAGCGGGAGAGGCUUUUGCUUGCCUUAUACUGUCCAAGCCACUGAUGUACAUCCGUAUUGUGGUGUCUGCUCUCUCCCUGCAGUCGGGAGGACCAGCAGCUUCCCUAGGAAGGCAAACCUGUGUUGUGUUCUGACCAGGUUCAGAAACUGGAGAGGUAAGAGCUGGAUGCCUCUCUGCGCUCCUUUGGGUACAACAUUUGUACGGUUCUUACAGAGAUGAAGUACUCCUAGAGCAAAUCCCACGUGUGCAGAGCUGAGGCUCCAGCAGCACUAGUGCCCCACGCCCAAAUGAGACAGAGGGCAAAGAUGAGGUUCCCUGUUCUACAAAAAACAGCUCGUCUGAGCAGGGGGACAUUCCUUGCUGCUCUUCCAAGCCUGGCUCUGCGCUGCCUGUAGCAGCCACACGCGACGAAGCCUGAAAUACAGCCAGGAGCAGGGCUCGAAGCGGCUGCUUCGGACAGGACACGGGCAUCAUCCCCAGAGCAGCGCUGGUGUACAAGCAACAGGGAGAAGUCUGCCAGAUCCCUUUGGCAAACUCAGGUGGCAUAGGUUCAGGCAUUUUAGAGGCCAAAAUACACCCAAGGCGAUACAGCGGCAGACAGGCUCCCACCAGGGCUGGCCGGGCACCCUCCUCACUGGCUGGCAUGAGGAACUCCAGCACCGGGACACCUCCCAGCGCCCCUUUCCACUGGUGUCCUACCAGCACCACAGCUGCCAGCCUGGCACCCAGCCCACAGUCAGCUCUUCCACACCUCCAGCCCAGCCAAAAGCCACACAGCUCUGGAAGGCAAACUUCCAGCUGCCCCCACAGCUGCCUGAGCCGCCCCCCACUGCCCCCACGGACCCGGGCUCCAUUCAUCCAGCUCAGGGGCAGCUGUACCCCGCACCGCAGCACCGGAGCCACAGCGGCUGCACCCCUCAGCAUCCCACACAUCCCCCCAAGCACCUAGGGCACCCCCAGCCACCUCGGAGCGCUGGUUACACCAGCAUCUCCCCAAGCACCCAGGGGCCCACCUGCCACCUCGGAGCACUGGUUACACCCAUAUCCCCCCAAGCACCCGGGGACCCCCCUGCCACCUCGUAGCGUCGGUCACAACCAUGGCUUAAACACCACCGCUCCUAAAGCAUUUGUGUGACCACGAACAUUUCCCACACUGCUGACGCACAGGCAAAGUUUAGGAACAAACCACAUUUGACUGGGACCCGCUCCAUUAUGUGCCACUGCAGGGGGGCUGGUCCUGGCCUGGUGGACAACAGCAGGGAGCCUCACGCCCUCCAUACGGGACACCAUGCAUCGACACACCGUAAAGGGAAGGCUCGUCUCUGCUGCUGGAGGCUGCUCAACUCUGGUACAGAGCCGAUGCUGCACCUGGGCAGAGGUUCUGCUCCUGUGCUUCAGCCACUGUGUAAAAGCAAGUAAGUACUCGUAUUUAAGAUAACAGAAACAAUUUUUCAACAGCUAAAUGCAAGGCUUCCCCUCUUCUUAGCAGGGUUUUCAGUUUACUUUUUACUAGCAUUAGGGAAAAACAGUGCAAGCCCCGACUCCACCGAGCAGCCUGCUAUAUUCACCUGUCACGAAUGGGUCCUCCCAGUCUGCCCCCAGUGGCCACCAGAAGGUCCCCUACAGCAGGUCCAAAGUUUUCUAGGAGGUCAGGGUCAGAGAAGGCAGCACCAGUGUGAUGGAAAUACCAUCUCUGUGGUCUGUUUUGAAGGUUGCCUUUGAUGGCCGGCCAUACAAAGGGCGCGAUGACCACAGUGUGCAUGAGAACAUCAAAUACAUUCUGGACAAAUACGGAUCUCACGCAGCUUUUUCCAAGUACUAGACCAGCACCGGCAAGAGUGUCAUGCUGUUUUGCAUCUAUGAUUCCUACUUGACACCAGCUGAAUCAUGGGCCAACCUUCUCACACCAUCAGGCUGCCACUCUCUCUGCAACACAGUCUACGACACCAUGUUCAUAGUACUGCUGGUGGAAGAGGGACACAAGCACAACAUCCUCUCUGCAGGGUACAACACAUACACGUACUUUGCAUCCAAAGGUUUCUCUUUCGGCUCAACACACCAGAACUGGAAAGCAGUCAAAACCUUCUGCGACUCCAACAACCUGAUGUUCAUCCCCACCGCUGGCCCAGGCUACAUCAACUCCAGCAUUCACCCCUGGAGCAGCCACAACACCAGAGUCAACGGGAAGUACUAUGACACGGCUCUGCAGGCUGCCACAGUCAGGCCAGAGACUGUCUCGAUCACAUCCUCCAAAAAAUGGCACGAAGGCACACCGAUCGAAAAAGCUGUGCACAAGACACCGAUGUGCCUUUAUCUGGACUGCCUUCCUCAUCAGCCCAGCAUGUACCUGGAGCUGACUCACAGGUGGGCAGAAGGUUUCAGCAAAGAAAAGAGCAGUGGCUGAUGUGACUUCAGUACUUGCCUUACUCGAAAAGGCAUCCCACUGACAAAGCUGCAACACAAAGCAGUGCUUGAAGAGAUGCAGCCACAGACCCUUCAGCCUAACCAGGCUGCUGAACACGAGCAGCCGCCUGUGAACAUCCCAAAGUCUGCGUAACCCCAGUGACGGGCUCACAGAAGGAAGUUAAAGGGAGCAGGAAAUCUGCAAGCAGCAGUCAGAUCUAAUUUUCUGCAGAUUUAGCACAGAUGAGCCUUUGAGAGCUCCUCUGGAAUUCACAAGCGCUGCUGGCUUAGGGGCCAAAGACCUGUUUUUUCUUACCAUGGCUCUGUGACAUUCGAUGUGGUUAGCUGGGUUCCAGCAUGUAUUUCACCGUGCGCCCUUGGCCAGCUGCCUGCAGCAAUCACACAUCCCUCACUCCACUAGCAACUACGUCAAAGCAUUUCUCCAUCAGCUUAUUGUAAAGAGGAGUAAAUAUUCUUUCAAGUUGCCCACUGCAGGUGAAAAUUAAGCCAUGCCGUUACAUACCCUCUUACUUUACCCAACCGCUUCUAUACCAAGGAGUUCUACGCCAGGUGUCGUCACUGUGGUCGACUGUUUCCAAAUAACUAAAGAAAAUUAGAGCUGGAAUGCUACAGACUGUUUACUACUGCUGCUGGAUGUGCUGGAAACCAAGGAAAUGCAACGAUCUAUACUAAAAGCUCUUAACCAAUUGUUUAGCAUUCCACGUUUUGAAAAUUUAGAUCUGAAGUUGCUUUAUCCCCUUUAGAACCAAGGAGAAAAAAAAACCACAUUUGCAAUAAAAAUGCAACUGAAAACAC